CUUCAUCAUCCCAUCUUCCAUAACCCCAAAAUCCCCAUUUCUCUUCAACCAAAUGGCAUCUUCAUCUUCACUCUCACUCUCUAACAACCUCUCCACAUCAUCCAGAACCUUCAUCCCAAACCCUAGCUCAACCACCGUCUUCCACCACCUCUCUCCGCCGCACCUCCUCCGCCUCCACUCUCCGCCCACCGGCGGCCCUCACUUCUCUACCCUCCGGUGCUCUGCCGCCGGUUCCGAGACCGGAUUCUUCACCAAACUAGGACGCUUGAUCAAAGAGAAGGCGAAGAAAGACGUCGAGAAGAUAUUCUCCGGUGGAUUUACGAAAACGAGAGAUAAUUUAGCGGUUAUUGAUGAGCUGUUGCUGUAUUGGAAUCUGUCGGAUACGGAUCGAGUUCUGGAUGAGAUUGAAGAGGCAUUAUUGGUGUCGGAUUUUGGCCCAAAGAUCACAUUAAAGAUUGUUGAGAGCUUGCGGGAUGAUAUAUAUGCUGGAAAGCUCAAAUCAGGAACUGAAAUAAAGGAUGCUUUGAAGAAGAGUGUACUGGAUAUCUUGACCACCAAAGGUGCUAAAACAGAGCUUAAACUUGGAUUCAGGAAACCGGCAGUAAUCAUGAUAGUUGGUGUUAAUGGAGGUGGAAAAACUACAUCUCUUGGGAAACUGGCUUAUCGGUUGAAGAGUGAAGGUGCUUCAAUAUUAUUAGCGGCUGGUGAUACAUUCAGGGCUGCUGCGAGCGACCAACUGGAAAUUUGGGCUGAAAGAACAGGCUGCGAGAUUGUAUCAGCUGAAAAAGAGAAAGCAAAAGCAUCAGCAGUUCUAUCACAGGCCGUUAAGAAAGGGAAAGAACAGGGUUUCGAUAUCGUGUUAUGUGACACCUCUGGACGUCUGCAUACUAAUUAUAGCUUGAUGGAAGAACUGAUUGCGUGCAAAAAGGCCAUUGCUAAAAUUGUUAAUGGUGCACCUAAUGAAAUUUUACUCGUUUUGGAUGGAACGACGGGUUUGAAUAUGCUUCCACAAGCUAGGGAAUUUAAUGAGGUUGUAGGAAUAACUGGUUUCAUUUUGACAAAACUCGAUGGCUCUGCAAGAGGUGGUUGUGUGGUUAGUGUAGUUGAUGAGCUCGGAAUUCCAGUGAAGUUUGUAGGUGUUGGGGAAGGGGUGAAAGAUCUACAGCCGUUUGAGGCUGAAGCUUUUGUCAAUGCUAUUUUCUCAUGAGGAAAACGGUGCAGGAAUCACCGUUGACUAAGAUUUAUGGGUCGAACGAUAGCAACAGCAUAGGCUCGAGAUAAGGUGCUAAAAACAUAUUGAUGAUUAUGCAAGAUAAGGUGGUUGUGAUCUGAAUUAUCUUAGGAGUAAUGAGACCCGAUGCUCGAGUUUGUCUACAAUAAAUUUGUUUAUGUAAACAUAAUAUAGGAAGAUUCUUCAUUUAGGAUGAACAAAAAGUUGUCAUUUACUUGCAAUAUUCUCAUUCAUCAUGAUAUUUGAGGCUUUCCUUUAAUGAUUGA